AUGGACACACAAAGGGACGUGGAGCCAUUGCCAGUGACUGCCAAGACGCCGACCAACCGCGCGCUGAAAGAUGGGGACACGAUCUGUUUACUUGCACGCACAGGAUGCUUUCUUGGAAUUUGUGAGCCGCAGGACAGCUGGCAGCCGCUGGCACAGUUAGCCCGCGCCAGACAAGGCAAAUCAGCUUCCGGGUGGAUAAUGGAUGUCCAGGCGGACUUUGCGGACGGCGCCUCGCCGCAGUGCGCCUUCGUUCUUCGGACAACGGGCUCCCGUCAGGUGCUGGAUCGAGGCGAGAUCACGCUGCAGCACUUGGCCUCCUCACAGGUGCUGGGGCACCGGGUGCGGGAAGUCAACCCGCAAACCCUGGUCUCGACGUCGCACAAAUUUGAUGUGAGUGUGGACUGCCGGCUUUUCGUGGAAAAGGUCACCAAAGCCACGCGAAAGCUUCUCCCGGAGGAGCAUGGGCCUUUGGGGAAUCCGAGCAUGAUGUCAUCCUUGCGGGAGGCAUCUGCCUGGAUGGCUGAUGGCGUUGACCUGAAGCCCGUUGCAGUGGCUCUGGCGAGAUCCGUGCAUUCCUUCGGGCCAGGAUGCUGGGAGAACGUUGCAAGGGCGCUGCCGAUCUACUUCAAAGCUGCGGUCCGCAGCAACCGGCGCAAAGCGGCUCUGGGGCUGUUUCCUGCCUCCAGUCCGCCCUACACGCUGGUGGAACGCCAAGAUCGAGCCCUUGAAGUGGUUGCAGACCUGGCAGACACCCCGGGAAGUGGUUCAAGCCCUUCCCUGGUACUGGUGGAUGGAGUCCCCUUCCUCCUCUCCAGAGAUGCAGAAUUGGAAGCUGCGAAGCAGCUGGAAGCCACGAAGAACAAGACGAAAACCCACAAGGCCCGGCCUCCGGAUACCGCUGUCGUUUACCGAAGCUCGGAGGUCCCCAUUGUGACCCUUGAUGGCGAGUACUUCGCCAGCAUGGGGCUUUGCGGUGGCCACAGCUUGCUGACCACAGCGCCGAAUGGCACUGUGGCACUUCUCUGCAGGCUUCCGAGAUCCAUCGUCAAGGAACAGAAGCGGGAGGUUUGGGCAGGACGCCCGCGCUACGGCAAAAGUGCAGCGUAUGUGGUCACGGUCGAUGUUGCUUCUUUGCGUAACCGAGGGCUAAAGCUGGAGCACGCCGUGCUUUCAAAAACGGUCUCCGGAGAAUGCCAGUGUGGACCACCACUGGUCCUUUCCAUGACUUCUCGCACGCAGAAAGCACAGCUACAGCUGCGCCCGAAGGUUUUCAACGUUUUCGGACUGGCUGAAGUUGCAGUGUGCCUGGUGUUCGUCGAUCACUCCAUCAUCAGCCAAGACUGCUGGCGGUUGUUGGGAUACAUGUCCGUGACGGUGAGGCAGCAGCGCGGCGUCGAAGCUUUCUUGGCAUCUGCUGCACGCCUUGUCGCUGAACUGGGUACCUGGCAAGACCAGCUGCCAGUAGCACACGCGUCCUCGGCACACGAGCUGGUGCGUGAGGCUCGGGAAGACAUCUUGCGGAUGGUCACGGAGGAACUGUCGAAACCUUCUUUCGACCGUGAGCUGCCCUUCUUUGAGGGAGAGCUGAAGCAAAGUGGUUCCAAAGCUGAGCCACGGAAGGAAGCGAAGAAAGCUCCCGGAGCUCUGCCCACGCUGACGCCUUUGACGCCUCUGGCCUCGGAGGGAGCAGCCGCACCUGGGCUCGCCGAGCUCCGGAGGCAGAUCGCCGAGCGGGUUGAGACCCUGCUGCUCCACCUGCGUGAGGCUCCGAGCCACUGUACCGUUGGAUCCUACAAUGAGCCAUAG